ACGGUAUAGUGCCGCGGACGACAUUAUCUCCAGCUCCUUCCGUGUUGCUAACCCCUCAACUAUUCCCGCGGUUCUGCACAAUCCCAGCCUCAAUUCACCGUAAAUUGCCUGCUAGCAACCUUCAGGGUAAGUGCCGGCGGUAAGGAAGCUUCAAGACUCCGUGUUAAACUGGCUAGUAGCUGCAAUGGCUACAGGACAAAUAUCCGCGGGUUGUCCGCAUAGCCAAGAGGGUAGCAGCUGUUCCUCUUCGAUAUGGUUUCCACAACGUUAUUGCAAUCGCUCGCUACCGCCCUAGCUUUCGCUUUUGUGCAAGCAGGACACCCAGCCCAGGCAUGGAAAGCCGGAAAGUUCAAUACUUUGGUCACAUUCGGUGACUCGUAUACGGAUGAGAAUCGCCUUGGUUACUUCAUUCAGAACAAUGGCUCAGCACCGCCAGUUGGAUGGGACCAACCUGUCGGUCUGGCGACUGCCUCAGGUGGUCUAUCUUGGGCGCGCUAUGCAAGCAUCUACUCUUCAGCAAAACUCUACAACUACGCCGUCUCAGGCGCAGUAUGCUCCAACAACAUCACUCCACGCCCUCUCUCGCCAACGGCCCUCUUCCCAGACAUCGAAGGCUAUGAACUCCCCGCUUUCAUCGCAGACUCAAAAUACAUCGUGCCCACCACUGGCAAGCCAUUCUUUACUGGCGCUCAAGAUUCAACCGCCUACGCAGUCUGGAUCGGUACAAACGACCUCGGUAACGGCGCCUUCAUCACAAACUCACAGCAGUCAAACAAAACCGUCUCGGAUUACAUCGACUGCGUAUACAACACGAUCGACGGCAUUUACAAGAACGGCGGCCGCUACUUUGUCCUCCUGAACCUGGCGCCACUCGACCUGCUUCCCCAGUACCAGCUCCCCUCGCAAGGCGGCCUUACUGCAACGCAGUUCUGGCCCGCCAACGGCCGCAACCAGACAGACGUCCACUACCGCAUGCAAAACACCGUCGCAGCGCUGAAUGACGUGUACGAAUACCGUACGCCCUUUGUCGCCCAAAUCUCGAAGAAGUACCCUGACGCUAAAUUCGCAAACUACAACGUCAACGGGUUGAUGACUGAUAUCCACUCCAACCCAACCCAAUACCUCAACGGCACUGCACCGCUUAACGUGACGGGAACUAGUAAGACGUGUGCGACGGUCAGCGGGCAGAAUUGUACGGUGAAUGCUAGCCCAGACAGCUUUGAAUGGUUUGAUGCGCUGCAUCCAAGUGAGCAGACGUCGAGGAUCGUUGCGAGGGAGUUUGUUAAUGUGAUUAGUGGGAAGGGCAAGUGGGGAACGUACUGGGGUUGAAGGAGUAAGAGGAGUCACUAGCCUGUCCGGUAC